GGAACACAUUGGCUCCAAGGCACUUCCUCUGAUUUAGGAAGGCAAGGUCCUGGAUAAGAAUGACAAGAUGAUAAUUCCAAAAGGUGAUUCUAGAGAAAAGGAAGGAGAAGGAAAUAAGGAGUGUGUCAGCAUACCUGUUCCAGAGUGAGGACUAGAGCUAAAACCACCAGACAAUCCCUAGGCUUCUACUUGCCCUUUCCAGAGGGGUUCAGUCACAGAAUAACACCAGGUAAAUUCUAUAUGCGGUUCUGUGGCAUUUGCUGAUAAUAAGAAUUUGCCUCUUUCAAAAUUAUAUUCAGUCAUGGAUGCUAAUUAUGACUCUGAUGAAGAUCAUCUUACAAGUUAUGAUGUUCAGCUCAGUAUUCAAGAAUCCACUGAAGCCAGCAAGACUGUAUUUUAUCCUGAAAGAUUUGUACCACUAAGUGAUCAAAAGAGAAAGCUGGUGGAGGCCAUAAAGCAAGGUCACAUUCUUGAGCUCCAGGAGUAUGUGAAAUAUAAAUAUGCAUUGGAUGAAGCUGAUGAAAAAGGGUGGUUUCCGUUGCAUGAAGCUGUUGUUCAACCCAUUCGACAAAUACUUGAGAUUGUCCUGGAUGCAUCCUAUAAGACACUCUGGGAGCUCAAGACCUCUGAUGGAGAAACACCCUUGACUUUGGGAGUCAAAGCUGGUCUGGUGGAAAAUGUAAGAACUCUACUAGAGAAAGGAGUGUGGCCAAACACCAAAAAUGACAAAGGAGAGACACCCCUUCUUCUAGCUGUAAGAAAGGGCUCCUAUGACAUGGUGUCUGCCCUGCUGAAACACCACACCAGCCUUGACCAGCCCUGUGUCAAGCAAUGGUCAGCAAUGCAUGAAGCAGCCAAACAAGGCCGCAAAGAUAUAAUAGCUCUACUACUAAACCACAGAGGCAAUGUCCACCUAAGAGACGGAUUUGGAGUCACCCCGUUAGGUGUUGCGGCCGAGUAUGGUCACUGUGAUGUGUUGGAACACCUGAUCCACAAAGGAGGGGAUGUGCUUGCUUUGGCGGAUGAUGGGGCAUCAGUGUUGCUUGAGGCAGCAGGAGGGGGCAAUCCUGACUGCAUCUCCCUCCUGCUGGAAUAUGGAGGAAGUGGAAACAUACCUAACAGAGCAGGGCAUCUUCCUAUACACCGAGCUGCCUACGAGGGACAUUAUCUUGCACUGAAAUAUCUUAUUCCAGUAACAUCCAAACAUGCAAUCCAGAAAAGUGGGCUAACGCCAGUUCACUCAGCAGCGGAUGGACAAAAUGCACAGUGCCUAGAACUGCUUAUUGAAAAUGGCUUUGAUGUCAAUACGCUGCUUGCUGACCACAUUUCCAAGAGCUAUGAUGACGAACGGAAGACUGCGCUCUAUUUUGCCGUUUGCAAUAAUGAUAUCCACUGCACAGAAGUCCUCCUGGCUGCAGGUGCAAACCCAAACCUAGAUCCCCUGAACUGCCUUCUUGUGGCAGUGAGGGCCAAAAGUCAUGAAAUUGUCAGGCUGCUUCUCGCCCAUGGAGCUAAUGUCAAUUGUUAUUUCAUGCAUGUGAAUGACACUCAUUUCCCCAGUGCCAUUCAGUAUGCCCUAAAUGACGAGGUAAUGCUCAGGCUGCUGCUGAAUAAUGGCUAUCAAGUGGAGAUGUGCUUUGACUGCAUGCACGGGGACAUCUUUGGAAAUUCGUUUGUAUGGUCAGAGAUAGAGGAAGAGGUACUGCCGGGAUGGACGUCUUGUGUCGUAAAAGAUAACCCGUUCUGUGAGUUUAUUACAGUUCCUUGGAUGAAACACUUGGUAGGCAGCGUUAUUCGUGUAUUAAUGGAUUACAUGGAUUAUAUCCCUCUGUGUGCUAAACUGAAAUCUGCACUAGAAGUACAGAGAGAAUGGCCAGAAAUCCGUCAAAUAUUAGAGAAUCCCUGCUCCUUAAAGCAUUUAUGUAGGUUAAGAAUUCGAAGACUUAUGGGACUCCAGCGACUCUGCCAGCCAGCCUCAAUGGAGAAGCUCUCUCUGCCACCAACUAUUCAAAGAUACAUAUUAUUUAAAGAGUAUGAUCUCUAUGGACAAGAGCUAAAGUUGCCAUAAUUUAAAAUAAUCUUUUUAAAUGUGAUUUUAAAAAUGUGUUUAAAUGAGAUUCCUUCAGAGAAUUCCCUGGAACCAUUUUACAUAGUGUAUUUAAAUCCAUCGACAAUUUUAUAACUGGAUCCUGGGUUCUUUGGGGAGCACCAUAUUUUACACCUCUAAGGACCUUUUUUUUGCAUUGUGAUUUUUUAAAGUUAGUCAAUAUUUUGUAUUUGAAUUUCUACUGAUUGUCUUCACUUGCAAUAAGUCUUCAAACUCUCCUUCUCAAGUGACUCCUGCAAUAUCCAUGGGCAAGUCACUCCUAUGUUUAUAAAACAAAGAACCACUUUCUCAAACCCACAUCUCCAGCCAGUUGCUGCCCCCUUGUCUCCUUUGUUUAUCGCCACGUGGCGUAAGAGGUCUUUCCUGUCUGCAGAUUCGCUCACUGUGAUCUGGCCUCUGCUCCUUCCACUACCCUUCUCAAGGUCCUUAACAACUUGCUAGUUGCUACUUUCAAUGAGCAUUCUUCAGUCCUUUCACCUGAUUCCUGCAGCAACUGACUGAUUGCCUGCUCCCUCCAGGAAACAGUUCUCCGGAUACCUUGCUCUCUUGGCUCUCUUCUCACCUCUCUGGCCGCUCUGUCUCUGGCUUCUUUCUGCAUUGCUCAUCUCCUGCCAACUCUUUAGUAAUACGUCUUAAGUCCCCUUUUUUAAUGUUAAGUUCUCUGGGAAAUUUCAUCCACGUCCAUGGUUUCGUUUACUAUCUACUUGCUGUCGAAUGUAAAAUUUAUAUCCAAAGUUCAGCUUUCUCUCACGUGCUUGAGACCUGUGUAGACAAUUGGCCUAAAGGACCUUUGAAUACAAAGAUACCUCAAAUUCAGCAUGUCCUAAAAUGAACUCACUGUCUUCCUCCACAAAAAGGCUCCUUCUCUUACCAUCUCUAGCUCAAGAGUUAACCCAAUUAUCAAUUCAGUUUCCCAAGUCAAAAGCGUGGACAUCAACCUUGACCAUCCCAUUUUCUUUACCCAAUGUAACAAAUCACCAAGUCCUGGUAAGUUUAUUUCAUGAAGUCAUCUUCUACUCAGUCUCACUAAUUCAGCCCAAAUACCAGCUAUUAUCUCCUUUCUUCCUGGGACACUGUAGUGCUACCCAACUGGUCCUUCUCCCUGCUAUCUUGCCUCAUCUAACACACAUUCUACACUUAAUAACAUCCCAGAGUAAUCUUUUACAAAUGUAAGCAAGUUUCACUCCCCUGCUUAAAAUCAUUCCCAUUGCUCUUAGGUAAAGUCCCAAAUUCUUCCAUAUGGCCCUUCAUGAUCUAACUGCCUGCCUUCCUCCUUAGCCUUAUCUCUUGAUAUCUCUCUUACCCAUCCUCUUUAACCAUGUUAAACACCUUUUAGAAGUUUAUUCUUUGAACAGUGAUUCCCAGAUUUUUCGAUUUUAUAUGUUAGUAGUUUUUAGUAA